AUGGUUUCAGUUGGUUCCAAAUCAUUGCCAUCUAGGAGGCACAAGACCAUUAUUGAGGAAGAUAACUUGAUGGGUGAACGGGAAAAGUCUAGCGACAAUCGUACUUCAAGUAGAAAGGGAAUGUGUAGGAAGGCCCAAAAAGGAAGCCGUGGAUUUGAUGGAGAUAGUAACAAAAGGAAUCAAUCCGGUGGUGCCGCUAAUGUAAAGCCUGCGUCAAAGAAACAAUCCGAAUUUGAACAUCAGAAUCAUUUUGUCAGGAAAGAGAUUGAUCCAGAAACUUCAAAGUAUUUCUCUGAGAUUGCCAAUCUCUUUGAUAGUAAUGAAGUUGAUUUAGAGGAACGUUCAGUGAUAUGUGGGAAUGCUCUUGAAGAAACAAGAGGGAGGGAAUAUGAAAUUGCAACUGAUUAUAUCAUAAGUCAUGUCUUGCAAACUCUACUUGAGGGAUGUGAACUUGACCAACUUUGUAGUUUCGUACGAAAUUCUGCAACGGUCUUCCCAGCCAUUGCAAUGGAUAGAUCUGGGUCUCAUGUUGCAGAGUCAGCUCUCAAAUCCUUGGCCACACAUCUGGAAAACCCAGAUGCCUAUUCUGUUAUUGAGGAGGCUUUGAUUUCUAUAUGCAAGGUGAUUGUGGAUAAUCCUCUUGAUAUGAUGUGCAACUGCUAUGGUUCUCAUGUUCUUCGAAGGCUUCUUUGUCUUUGCAAAGGAGUCUCUUUAGAUUCCCCUGAGCUUCAUGGCGCAAAAUCAUCAAAAGCUCUGGCGAAACGUAUGAAUGUGAAGAUGUCUCAGUUAGAUGAGUAUAAUCUACAAGUCCCUCAUCAAGGGUUUCCAGAUGUGCUCAAGUCUCUUUUAUCUGGGCUAUUAAAUUGUAGCAGAGAAGACAUGAAGUAUCUACAAGUUGACCAGUUUAGCAGUUUGGUCUUACAGACGGCUCUCAGACUAAUGCAAAAAGAAGAUGAGGAAUUGCUUGAAAUCAUUCCUCUUGUUCUGGGCUGCAACUCUACAAAUAAAAAUGGAGAGGGGGUUCAUAUAGAGACCGAUAUCGCGAAGGAAAUUUUAGAGUCAAUGAAGGAUAAUUCAUUUAGUCAUUUGGUGGAGGUGAUUUUGGAAGUGGCCCCUGAAAGUUUGUAUAACGAAAUGUUCAAUAAAGUUUUCAAGGACUCUUUAUUUGAGCUUUCACUUGACCGGUGUGCAAAUUUCGUUAUUCAAGCAUUAAUCUCACAUGCAAGAGACCAAGAGCAGGUUGGUUUGAUAUGGGAAGAAUUAGCUCCAAGAUUCAAGGAUCUUCUUGAACAAGGGAAGUCAGGUGUUGUGGCUUCUCUGAUAGCGGUUAGCCAAAGGCUUCAAAGUCAUGAACAUAAGUGUUGUGAGGCCCUUGCUGGUGCAGUAUGCUCCACAAAUGAAUCUCGUAUCUUCAUUGUUCACCGGUUGUUGUUUCUUGAUAACUACUUUGGUUGCCAAGAUAAGUCUUCAUGGGAGUGGGCACCUGGUGCAAAGAUGCAUGUCAUGGGUUGUUUGAUUCUUCAGGGGAUUUUCAAGUUUUCUAGUGAUCUUAUACAGCCAUACAUAAAAAGCUUUGCUUCUAUGAAAGCGGAGCAUACCAUUGAAACAGCAAAGGAUUCCAGCGGAGCACGUGUCAUCGAGGCCUUUCUUGCCUCAAAUGCUGCUACGAAACAGAAACGCAGACUAAUUAUAAAGUUACGUGGACAUUUUAGCGAGCUCUCAUUACACACGUCGGGUUCAUUUACUGUCGAGAAGUGCUUCGAUGCAUGUAACUUGACACUAAGGGAAGCCAUUGCAAAUGAACUGUUGGAUGUGAGAGCUGAUCUCUUGAAUACAAAGCAAGGGCCUUUUCUGCUUAGGAAACUAGAUAUCGAUGGUUAUGCCAGAAGACCUGAUCAGUGGAAAUCAAGACAAGAAGCUAAGCAAUCGACAUAUAACGAAUUUUGUUCUGCAUUUGGGUCUGGCAAAUCAAAUUUUCCAAAGAACACCUUUGUUUCUGACGCAUCUGAGGAUGCAUCUCAAGAAAUGGAAGUAACGAUCACAAGGAAAGAGAAUGAACAUCGUCCUACUUCCGGGUUUAAGCGCCACCGAGAAGAACAUGCUAGGGAUAAGGAUGAACCUUUUGCAGGUGAAAAAACGACGAAACAGAAGAAGAACAAAACUAGUGAAGCAACAGAUAAACCAAUUACCAACAAAAAAAGACCUUUCCUUUCUGGCGAGAUGACUGGAAAGAAUCGCCACACAAAUAAAUUGAGAAUUUGA